GCACAGGGUCGGUAGAUUUGUGAAAGCUCUGUAAUCCCAAGUGUGACUCGCACAUUUCCUUCACCAGCAUCUAACUCGGAGCCCUGACUCAGCCCCAAUUCCUCCGAGUCUCUGACAGUUGAUUUCCCGCCUCGCCGAGUCCGACCCGGUAAACCACUAUGGAAGAAGUUUCUCUCAACACCGAGCCAGUCUUUGACGAAGGGGAUGACUAUGAAUUGGAGGGAGAUUUUACCGAGCAUGAUCAUGGAACUGGGGAAACAAACAGAAAAAAGGACCCCGGAGAACCUACGGUGGGUUUGGAGUUCGAUUCAUUUGAUGAAGCAUAUGAUUUUUACAAUCUCUAUGGUAAACAACAGGGCUUUGGCAUCAGAGUAAGCAAUUCAUGGUUCAGAUCAAAGAAAAAAGAGCGGUAUCGAGCAAAGCUAAGCUGCAGCAGUGCAGGUUUCAAGAAAAAGAGUGAAGCCAAUAAUCCAAGACCCGAAACAAGAACUGGUUGUCCUGCAAUGGUCAUUAUCAGGCUGGUGGACUCCAAAAGGUGGAGAAUAGUCGAAUUAGAGCUUGAACACAAUCAUCAGGUGAGUCCACAAAUCAAAAGGUUUUACAAGUCGCAUAAGAAAAUGAUUCUUGCUGCCAAAAGUGCUCAACCGCCCCCAGAGCCCGUUACAGAAGUUCAUACUAUCAAGCUGUAUCGAACACCUGUUAUGGACGUUGGGUGCAGUGGAUACUCAAAUUUUAGUGAAACUGAAGGUUUGAAUUCGACUGAUCUCGCUAAGCACUUGGAACUUAAAGAAGGAGACACUCAUGCAGUUUAUAACUACUUUUGUCGAAUGAAACUGACGAACCCUAAUUUCUAUUAUUUAAUGGAUCUUGACGACGAUGGACGCCUGAGGAAUGUGUUUUGGGCUGAUGCCAGGUCCAGGGCUGCAUAUGGCUACUUCUGCGACACGGUCGCAGUAGAUACAACAUGCUUGGCAAACAAAUACGAAAUCCCCCUGAUUUCAUUUGUUGGCGUAAAUCACCAUGGACAAUCGGUUUUGUUGGGCUGCGGCUUCCUUGGGCAAGAGUUGGAGGAAAAUUUUGUUUGGAUGCUCAAGGCAUGGCUCAAAUGCAUGCUAGGGCGCCCUCCACAAGUUUUCAUUACUGAUCAAUGUAAGCCCUUGCAAAGUGCAGUGUCUGAGGUUAUCCCGAACGCUCGCCAUUGCUAUUGUUUGUGGUAUAUCAUGCAGAGAGUUCCAGAGAAAUUGGGAGGACUGAGGGGAUACGACGAAAUCAAGAGACAAUUGCACAAAGCAGUCUAUAAUUCCUUGAAGAUAGCUGAGUUUGAAACUUCAUGGGCAGAAAUGAUCAAGCGGCACGAACUAGGGGAUAAUAGAUGGCUUCAAACAUUGUACGAAGAUCGGCAGAUGUGGGUUCCGGUGUACUUAAAAGACACAUUUCUUGCAGGAAUGAUCCCUAUCCGAGAACAUGAGAGCUCGACUGCAUUUUUUGAUGGUUAUGUGCAUAAGCAUACGUCUUUCAAGGAAUUUGUCGAUAAGUACGAUCUAGCUCUACAUCGGAAGCGCAUGAAAGAGGUGGCAGCGGAUGUGGAGUCGAGGAGUUCAAGCUUUGAACUAAGAACGAGAUGUAAUUUCGAGGAACAGCUACGUAAGGUGUAUACGAAGGAAAUUUUCAGGAGGUUCCAGUUGGAGGUUGAGGGCAUGUACGCCUGCUUCAACACAAGACAGGUGAAUGUGACUGGGUCUAUACUAACCUACAUAGUCAAGGAACGGGUUGAAGUUGAAGGAAACGAGAAGGAAGUCCGAUGCUACGAGGUUUUGUACGAAUCAGCACAAGUUGAUAUACGAUGCAUCUGCAGUUUGUUCAACAACAAAGGUUAUCUAUGCAGGCAUGCAUUGAACGUUCUUAAUUACAACGGCGUAGAAGAAGUCCCGUCGCGCUAUAUUCUGCCACGGUGGAGUAAAGAUUUCAAGUGCAGGUAUCUUCUCCAUCACAGCUCGAGUGAUAUAGACGCGUAUAACCCAGUGUACUGGUAUAAGCAUCUCUAUAAACUUGCCCUUCCCGUUGCGGAAGAAGGGGCACAAUCGGAAGAAAAUUAUAAGACUACCUUACUAGCAUUGGAGGAGUUAUUAAACAAGUUUCAUCUUGUAGAGGAUAACCAAGUGUAACAAAGAACGGUAUAUGAUAGUACUGUAUACAAAUAUCCUCUUGAAAGA